AAAAUUACCCCAUUUGCAUGUGACAACGUUCUGGAAAAUCGUGAUUGCCAGCAUCACUCCCUCUAAUAUCCUAACUAAUUGCACAGAGAUAAUCGGGCCAUUCAUUAAUUAUUAGCCAAUAAUUUGAUCCAAAAUCUCAAAUAAACUAAUCUUUUUGUAAGUAAUUAUGCACAAAUCAAAGGAUCUUUCAAUGAACUGUCGGGAGAUCCCUUUUGGUGUUGGUAGUUUCCUGUUGAUCCCAACCAGGAGAGAGAAAUUUCAUUAAAUUUUGUAUCAACUGAAUCUAAGCUUAACACAUUUUUUCUGGGCUUUUUUAAUAAUUCAUUCUCUAAAUAUAUUUUAAAACGAAAUCUUUUUGGGUUUUUUUUGUUUAAUUUUCAUUUAAGCCCCUGCGAUAUUUUGUAAAUUUAGGAGUUGUUGGCUUGUGGCUGCGUUGAAGAAGGCGAGGUAAAAAUAGCAAGUGGGUUCGAGAGAUUUCUGGGUUAAUUUUUAAAAUUUUCUGGGUUUCAAUUGUUUUUAUAGGGCGAGUGAAUUCUAAAUUUCCCCACAUUUCUGAAGAAUAUAUAUCACAUUUUUCUGGGUUUUCAAGAUUUUCUCUUUUGGUUGAAUGAAAACCGAAAAUUUCUCACAUUUCUGAAAUAAAUUUCCACAAUUUUCUGGGUAAUUUUCACAUUUUUUUUGGGUAAUUUUCAAUUUGCACUACAAAAUUGUCCAUUUCAUGAAUGAAUGAUGAUAUAACUUGUCAUAUAAGAAGGAAGACAAAGUGACUUGUGUUUAAAGGGGAAGGGCCCGGAUGUUUUAUGUCAUGGGUCUUGAAGAACAAUAGCCUGUUACCUAACUACACUGGUACUGUUGUGUUGAUAAUGGUCUGAAACUGACUCGAAUCCUCGAUACAAACGCCAUUUUUGUAGAAAUUUAAGGUUGUAAAAAUGGAGGAUAAGACUGAGGAAAUGCGUUCUUUAGCUUUAACUCCAACAUGGUCUGUUGCAUCUGUAUUGACGUUCUUUGUUGCAGUUUCUUUGUUGGUUGAAAGAUCCAUUCACUGGCUUAGUAAUUGGCUUGAUAAAACGCGUCGAAAACCUUUGCUUCAAACUGUGGAGAAAAUGAAAGAAGAGUUGAUGCUUCUCGGCUUCAUAUCUCUUCUUCUAACAGCAACCUCAAGCACAAUCUCCAACAUUUGCAUUUCUUCUAAGUUCUUUGGUGGAAUAUUUUCCCCGUGCUCUGAAUCUGAAGUCCAUGAAGCAACUGAAGAAGAUAAUCCAUCCGAAGGGCGUAAACUUUGGACAUCAACUCCUCAAACCUUCAGGAGACUGAUGAGUUCCCUUCAUCAAAAUACAUGUCCUGAGGGUAAAGAACCAUUUGUAUCAUAUGAAGGCCUUGAGCAGUUGCACCGAUUUAUUUUCAUCAUGGCAGUGACACAUGUAUCUUAUAGCUGUUUAACAAUGUUGCUUGCGAUUGUGAAGAUACAUAGCUGGAGAAAAUGGGAGGAUCAAGCUCAUUUGGAUCGGCAUGAUGCACUCACAGAGAUCACGAGGGAGUUGGUAAUGCGAAGGCAAUCAAGCUUUGUCAAAUUUCAAGCGUCAAAUUUUUUAACCAAGAGCAAUUUCGGGGUUUGGGUGACAUGUUUUUUCAGGCAAUUUGGACAUUCGGUGGUUCGUGCUGAUUAUCUUACACUUCGCAAAGGUUUUAUCAUGAAUCAUAACCUUACUAGGAGAUAUGAUUUCCACAGCUAUAUGGUUCAAUCAAUGGAAGAGGAGUUUCAAAGAAUUGUUGGUGUGAGCGGUCCACUUUGGGGAUUCGUAGUUGCUUUUAUGCUAUUUAAUGUAAAAGGAUCAAAUUUAUACUUCUGGAUUGCCAUCUUACCUAUAGCACUAGUUCUUUUGGUGGGUACUAAGCUACAACAUGUUAUAGCAACCUUGACAUUAGAGAGUGCUGGACUAUCAGGCUUCUUUACAGGAACAAAAUUAAAGCCUCGUGAUGAUCUCUUUUGGUUUAAGAAGCCAGAGUUGUUGCUGUCCUUGAUUCAUUUCAUCCUUUUCCAGAAUUCCUUUGAGCUCGCUUCAUUUUUCUGGUUUUGGUGGCAGUUUGGAUAUGAUUCUUGCUUUAUAAAAAACCAUCUUCUGGUCUACUUGCGGCUUAUACUGGGGUUCUCUGGGCAGUUCCUCUGCAGCUACAGCACUUUGCCACUUUAUGCACUGGUUACUCAGAUGGGAACAAAUUACAAGGCAGCCUUAAUACCUCAUAGAAUAAGGGAAACAAUUCAUGGAUGGAAGAAGUCUGCAGCCAAGAGAAAGAAAAGAGUGGGUAUAUAUGGUGAUGAUUCAACCAUACAUACAGAUGCAAGCACAGUAAUGUCAUUAGAUGAACAUGAUAAUCAUCUGCUUGACAUACCUGAAUCUGGGGCUGCUAUGCUUUCGCAUUCUGUAAUUGAGCUACAAUCACCUUCCACAACAGAUAAUGCAAGUCCACCACCAGUUGCCAAUGAAAGUUCUAGCCGUGUUGGAACCCCUCUCCUUAGACCAUCUGCCUCUAUAUCUGCAAGGUUUCCGAGUUCUCUGCUCACUGACAACGAUCCACGCUGCUCAUCAAUGCCAAAUAGAAGAGACUGAUCCCUAGGUUUGUUCUAUCAUACAAUUAUAGUAUAAUUUAUGACACAGUUGGAGUUUUCCUUGUCAUUAUAUAUAGAUAGGUUUUAUACAAAAAAUGAUUCGAUAGGUUAUAGGCUAAAUUUACUCUAAUGGACCGGGAUCCUCUUGAGCAAUUGGACCGUCUAGGUACCGAGGAAUCAGAGGGGUAUACCAAUUUUUUCAUCUUCUAAUCCUUCCCCUCUCGGUAUCAAGUAACUGGCUGGUCCAGUAUUUGGAGAAUAUCCUGUCUCGAUUGUAAUUUUGUAAGAAAUUCUAGAAACGCUAACAGAUGGAUAUAGUUAUACAGAAAUCAAGUGCUUUUUUCCCCUUUCCUUUCUCCAA